UGCUUUUAGGGACGCCAUGCCUCCGACCGCUACACGCUCCGCCUCCACCGUGCACGCUCAGUCGUCCUCACCCCAGCGGAGCUUGUUGAGAUCCGGGCAGCACAAAGAACUUUCGAGGGUGCAUACAUGCGGACGGCAAUUGGGCAGUUCUCGUUCGCACUCAUCGUGCUGAAAAUCUUCACGUCCGAGUUCUACUCGAUUGGAGCGCUCUUCGCCGUGUACGGGGCGGGCGUACUAUUCACCAGCCUCUUCCGCCGGCAGCAAGGGAACAAGCAGUUCUUCUCCGAGGUGGGCGAGGAUGGGUUGCACCGCAAGAAGUUCAGGACCAGCGGCAACGUUGUAUCGGUGCUGACGGCGCUGAGCAUCGCAGCCUACGUGUGCCUGCUUGUCCUCACGGUGCACCUCAAGUCCUGAAGGAACAGGCACAUUGCAGCGACCACGACGGCCAAGAGGCUUGGGAGCAGUCUUGGAAUGUCGCACGCUGACGCUCCGCCGCGCCAGUGCGACCCGGGAGGAAGCAGGUGAGCGUCGGCUCUCCAGGCGGGAAUCUCGCCGUGCUCGGACAUGCAGACUUGAGAUAUCGACUCGCUGGAAAUCGCACGCGGGAGCAGCUGCACGCCUGGCGGGCGCUGGCAGCGUCUGGAGGCCUCCGGAGAGCGGCAGACUGCGGCCGGCUGUGCAGGCGAAAUGCAGAGCCCUGCCUGGCUGUACGAUUGCGCGUCCUCUAUCUGUCGUCGGUGAAGCUGGCGGCGUGCGUGGAUGAUUGGCGAUGUCAUGCCCGCGGGCAGUGGGGGUGCCUCUGCGUGCAUCACUCCGGGGUGCGACAGCCAAGCUGCUACAUAUCAAGUCGCCGCCCGGGAACGGACCAGGCUGCCCUCAU